UGGCACUGUGACAUUAGCUACGAGCUCCUGCAAACCAGCAACAGAGGGUACUGAUGUGAAGACAUGAGUGAAUUUAGGAUACAUCACGAUGUCAACGAAUUGCUCAGUCUCCUCCAUGUUCGAGGAGGCGACGGGGCCGAGGUGUAUAUUGAUUUGCUGCAGAAAAACAGGACCCCUUACGUUACCACAACAGUGUCUGCACACAGCGCUAAGGUGAAGAUUGCAGAACAUUCAAAAACACCUGAGGACUUUUUGAGGAAAUAUGAAGAGCUGAAGUCAAAAAAUGCACGCAACUUAGACCCCCUAGUUUACCUUCUUUCUAAGCUUACUGAAGACAAAGAGACUCUGAAAUGCCUGCAACAGAAUGCCAAGGAGAGAUCAGAAAUGUCCACAAAUGUGACAUCAAGCAGCAUGACAUCCUACACCAUUCCCACAACCAGCAGCAAGAUGUCCGUGCAGGAACUGGAGGAACUGCGGAAAAAGCUGGGGAACGUCACAGCAAGUGCCAGCAUUCCGCAGUCUGCUGAGGUGACCCGUAAGAUGCUAAGAGACAGGCACAACAAGAAGAACCCCACACAGACUAUUCCUGUGUUUCCGAACUGGGUGUAUGACAGGCCUGCACUGAUUGGAGAUUUUAUCACUAGCCUUACUCCAAUAGGAGACCCAGUUGUGGCUAUUGGUACAAUGCCCCUGGCUGUUCAGGAGCAGGCUCUAGUUGAGGACCUGCUAUAUGUGCUCAUUGGUGUGGAUGGCAGAGACAUCACAGCCCAGCCAGUACUUGGCAGACAGUGUCGCUCCUUCAUAGUGGACCCUUCGUUGGACAUGUCCAUUAAAGAGCUUGUGAACCGGAUAUUACCAGUGGCAUCCUCUUAUUCCACUGUCACACGCUUCACGGAGGAGAAGUCUUCCUUUGAGUAUGGCCAGGUAAACCAUGCACUCACUGCGGCGAUGAGGACCCUGAUGAAGGAGUACCUCAUUCUGGUCACCCAGCUGGAGCACCUGCACCGGCAGGGCAUGCUUUCCUUGCAGAAGCUCUGGUUCUACAUCCAGCCCACCAUGCGCACUAUUGAGGUCCUGGCCUCCAUUGCUACUUCAGUGGACAAAGGAGAAUGUAUGGGUGGCUCAACAUUAAGUCUGCUUCAUGACCGUACCUUUAACUACACUGGGGAUAGCCAGGCCCAGGAGCUGUGCCUCUACCUUACCAAGGCAGCCAGUGUCCCAUACUUUGAAAUCCUGGAGAAGUGGAUAUAUCGGGGAAUCAUCAAAGAUCCAUAUGGUGAGUUCAUGGUUGAAGAACAUGAGCUUCAGAAAGAGAAGAUCCAAGAGGACUACAAUGACAAAUACUGGGAUCAGAGAUACACCAUUGUCCAGCACAAAAUCCCGUCUUUCCUUCAAAAAAUGGCAGAUAAAAUACUAAGCACAGGGAAGUACCUGAAUGUUGUGCGGGAAUGUGGACGUGAUGUAACUUGUCCAGAUGCUAAGGAGGUUCUUUACACUCUGAAAGAGAGAGCUUAUGUGGAACAAAUAGAAAACGCCUACAACUAUGCCAGUAAGGUGCUUCUGGACUUUCUCAUGGAGGAGAAGGAGUUGGUUUCUCGACUACGGUCUAUUAAGCACUACUUUUUGAUGGACAAGGGAGACUUCUUUGUACACUUCAUGGACCUGACAGAGGAGGAGUUGAAAAAGCCUGUCGAUGACAUUAUACCUCCUCGGCUAGAGGCUCUGCUGGAGUUGGCUCUGAGGACGAGCACAGCCAAUACAGACCCCUUCAAAGAUGACCUAAAGAUCGACCUGAUGCCCCACGAUGUCAUUACUCAGCUGCUGCGGGUCCUGGCCAUAGAGACCAAGCAAGAGAAGGCCAUCAUCAAUGCUGAACCCACUGAGGUGGCCCUGAGUGGUCUGGAGGCUUUCUCUUUCGACUACAUCGUCAAAUGGCCAUUGUCACUCAUAAUCAACCGAAAAGCACUGACACGAUACCAGAUGCUCUUCAGGCAUUUGUUUUACUGCAAGCAUGUUGAGAGGCUCCUCUGCAAUGUGUGGAUCAGUAACAAGUCUGCCCAGCAGUGCUCCCUACACUCAACUAAGUGGUUUGCUGGGGCAUUUGCACUCAGGCAGCGCAUGUUGAACUUUGUGCAGAACAUCCAGUAUUACAUGAUGUUUGAGGUCAUGGAACCAACAUGGCACGUCAUGGAGAAAAACCUGAAAUCAGCUUCUAACAUUGACGAUGUCCUUUGCCAUCACACAAGUUUCUUGGAUAAUUGUCUGAAGGACUGCAUGCUGACCAACCCUGAGCUUCUGAAGAUCUUCUCCAAGCUCAUGUCUGUCUGUGUCAUGUUCACCAACUGCAUGCAGCGAUUUACCCAGAGCUUGAGGAUGGACAGAGAGAUGAACCGUUUAUCUCUGGAGCAUGGGACCAUGGAGGGUCCUCCAACGCAAAGCGAACGCACUGAAGAGUCCGAGAAGAAAAGUCUCACAUACAAGUUUUUGGCCGAGCAUGUAGACUCCCUGCAGUCAGACUCAGGAUUUGAGGGCACCAUUAGUAAGUUUGACAGUAACUUCAGCACCCUAUUGUUGGACCUGCUGGACAAGCUUAGCAUCUACAGCACCAACGACUGUGAGCACAGCAUGAUCAACAUCAUCUACAGGCUGGACUUCAAUGGAUUCUACACUGAACGACUAGAGCGGAUGGCCGUUGAGAGAAGUCAGAAAACCUCUGCAUAGAUAAGGACAAAAGACUAUAACAAACAGCAAUAAAGAGAACGCUGUUCAAUCAUCUUAGCAUGUAUAAGGUAUUUAUUAUUAAUUGACCUGAACCUCUACUCAUUUUCAGUGUUAUAAAAUAGUUUUUUUUUUUUUUUUAAUGUACAGUAAAUGUUGUCAAAUAUAGCUGAAUAACUUAGUAGUUUGAUGUCUUUCUACAGGAUGUGUAGCUUGAUGUUGUAUUGAAACAUCUGGAAGAAAAUGUUGUUAUUUAUGAGUCAUAUAUAAAGUCUUCUUUUUUAAUGUCAUUCCAAUAAACCUCUAUGACAAAUUUGA